GUCUUCAAUAUGCCACACGAUAAUGUUAAGGCAUGUGAGGAAGUGUUUGGCAAGCUGCAGGACAAUCACAUGAUGUCUCCCACUCUGAUCCGGAUCAACCGCACCAGUCCCUGGUCACCAUGCAGUGCUGCCAUUAUCACUGACUACCUGGACAGUGGACACGGCGAUUGUCUGCUGGAUCAACCUCAGAAACCGUUAGCUCUUCCAGAGGUGCUCCCAGGUGCAUCGUAUGGUUUAGAGCGGCAGUGUGAGCUUGCCUUCGGUGCCGGCUCAAAGCCGUGCCCGUUCAUGCAGGCACCAUGUCAGCGCUUGUGGUGCACAGGAAAGACCCGCGGGCAACUGGUGUGCCAGACAAGACACUUUCCAUGGGCAGACGGAACCAGCUGCGGGAACGGUCAGCUCUGCAUGAGAGGCACAUGCAUGGACAAACAGGAGAUCACCAAAACGAAGGUGGAUGGCAGAUGGGGUAAAUGGGGACCGUUUGGUACCUGCUCCAGAACUUGUGGAGGUGGAGUGCAGCUUUCAAAGAGAGAGUGUGACAACCCUGUGCCAGUCAAUGGCGGCAAAUACUGCCAGGGAGUGAGGGUCAAAUACCGGUCCUGCAACCUCUCUCCAUGCCCUGACACAGGUAAGAGCUACCGUGAGGAGCAGUGUGAAGCUUACAAUGGGUUUAGCCUGAACACUAACCGGCUCACCCCCUCUGUGGUGUGGGUGGCCAAAUAUUCUGGCGAUUGUCUGCUGGAUCAACCUCAGAAACCGUUAGCUCUUCCAGAGGUGCUCCCAGGUGCAUCGUAUGGUUUAGAGCGGCAGUGUGAGCUUGCCUUCGGUGCCGGCUCAAAGCCGUGCCCGUUCAUGCAGGCACCAUGUCAGCGCUUGUGGUGCACAGGAAAGACCCGCGGGCAACUGGUGUGCCAGACAAGACACUUUCCAUGGGCAGACGGAACCAGCUGCGGGAACGGUCAGCUCUGCAUGAGAGGCACAUGCAUGGACAAACAGGAGAUCACCAAAACGAAGGUGGAUGGCAGAUGGGGUAAAUGGGGACCGUUUGGUACCUGCUCCAGAACUUGUGGAGGUGGAGUGCAGCUUUCAAAGAGAGAGUGUGACAACCCUGUGCCAGUCAAUGGCGGCAAAUACUGCCAGGGAGUGAGGGUCAAAUACCGGUCCUGCAACCUCUCUCCAUGCCCUGACACAGGUAAGAGCUACCGUGAGGAGCAGUGUGAAGCUUACAAUGGGUUUAGCCUGAACACUAACCGGCUCACCCCCUCUGUGGUGUGGGUGCCCAAAUAUUCUGGUGUUUCGGCUAAAGAUACAUGCAAGUUGAUCUGCAGGGCAAAUGGAACAGGCUACUUCCACGUUCUUGCACCUAAGGUUGUUGAUGGUACACCAUGUUCUCCUGACUCCUCAUCAGUCUGUGUCCAAGGCAAAUGCAUCAAGGCAGGCUGUGAUGGAAAACUGGGAUCCAACAAGAAGUUUAACAAGUGUGGAGUCUGUGGAGGAGAUAAUAAGAACUGCAAGAAGGUCUCAGGCCUUUUCACCAAGCCGAUGCAUGGUUACAAUUUUGUGGUCAUGCUCCCUGUGGGAGCCGCUAACAUUGACAUCAGGCAGCGUGGCUACAAGGGCAUCGUGAGUGAUGACAACUAUCUUGCUGUCAAGAACAGCCAGGGCAAGUACCUGCUGAAUGGAAACUAUGUGGUUUCAGCCAUGGAGAAGGAUAUUCUUGUGAAAGGAAGUCUGCUCCGCUACAGUGGAACAGUUGGCUCCUCAGAAACUCUUCAGGCUGUGAAGCCUCUGGGAGAAGCCCUGGUAAUUGAAGUGCUAUCUGUAGGCCAGAUGACACCUCCACGUAUCCGCUAUUCUUUCUACUUGCCACGGGAGAGCAAAGAUGCCAAGGUGCAAAAGAAAGAAGAAAAGGCACGUGCUGAAAACAAUGUUCUUAGGGAAGAGGGCGGAAUCAGUAAAAGUGGAAAAGAGGCAGAUCUUCUUAAGGACACAAUCUCACCAUCGUAUGUCAAAGAUAUUCCACCAAAACCAGGAAAGUGGGUGGCGGCCGGGUGGGAUGUGUGCUCGGUUACUUGCGGUAAUGGGCUCCAGAGGAGGAUGGUGCAGUGUCUCGGGGGAGAUGGUGGGCCUGGAAUGGACUGUGAGCCUGCCCAAAAACCCAGUGCUAUUCAGGCGUGUGGAGACCCUUGCCCCAUGUGGGAGGUGGGCGACUGGUCCCCCUGCUCCAAGACCUGUGGGAAGGGCUUCAAACGGCGCCUGAUUCGCUGCGUUACAAAUGUAGGAAAGCUGCUUCCCAGGGAGAAGUGUGCAGAGAAAAAGAAGCCACAGGAACUGGACUUCUGUUCAUUAGCCCCUUGUAAAUAAUCCACCCCUCCAUUUAAUAUUUCUCUACAUGGACCUUCUAUUUUGUCAAAUUGCAUAUUCAGCAGAGAAAAGUACAAAGAAAAAAGACUAUAAGUAUAUAUUUUUUCAUCUGUUUGACAAUUGGGAAAAAUGGACAGCUGUGGAAAAAAAUGACUGAUAAAAGACAGACAAUUGAGGUUGUGAGAUAAACAGGAUUGAACACAAAUGCAAAUAGUACUCUACCUCUAAUUCUAAUCACAUCCAUCACCUGUAAAUCAUCCAGAUGAGACCAAAUUCAAAAUCAUGCCUGACGUCAUUAAAAUUUGUUGGUAUUAAUAAGAAACGGGUACAUGUACAUUUUUUGUAUGUUUGAAUACAUACGAUAUAGAUGUAUUGACAGCACCU